UGUAUUGCCGUGUGCUUCCCUUCUGUAGCUUGGACACAGGUCUAAAAAUGUCUUGGAUGCGCCCUGCCUCACUCGCCUGUCUGGCUCUGCUGUUUAUCCUCACCUUGUUUUUCGAGGUCGACGGUGCAAGUGUGACCGAUGGCAUAUCGAAUAAGAGAUCAGAGGGUCUUCCAGAUUGGCUACGAAGGAUUUUCAUGGACGAGAGCGACGCCACUAACUUUUUUAAACGCCGUGGCAGAAGAGCAUUGAAAUCACAAGACGAACUCGACGCUGAGCAGCGACAGAGACUGGCAGCGGAUGAAAGAAAGAGAGAAUAUAACGAGGAGCAGAGGAAUGAAUUUGAAAAUUAUGCAGAGGAAGAAAAUAAUGAGCAGGAUGAGAGAACUCAUGAGAGUACAGAGCAGUGGAGAGAGUUCCACCAUGACGGUCUCGAUCCUUCCUAUGAGUACAACCGGCACACAGUGUAAAAAAGUCAGGGUCAGAAGGAGCAUUCUUACUGCAAAAUGUGUUAAAAACAACAUCACCAGCAUGGACUCCAUGUUAUUGGACAAAAGCUCAGCAGUCCACUUUAAAGCAGAUGUUACAUAUGGUGUGGCUGCAGGUAGAAGAGAAGUAGAAGAAGGUUAUAACAUGACCUAGAAGGCCCAAGUAUUUAAAGCUAUGCAUCCAUUCUUAGCUUAAGCAAAUGUUAUUGGACAUUAUUAUAAAUGUCUUUUACAAACAUAGAUAAAAGAACCAUAUAUAGUACAUUACCUCAAUUUUUCAGAGAUAUUAUGAAGAUUUAAACAAUGCAUGGGGUUAUGCAUGCAUGCUACAUCAUUAGAACAUUGAUAACUAUUAUAAUCAAUAAGCUAUUAAUAACAUUAUUCUUACAUUACAUAAUUUCAUUAUACAGCAGAUCUGUUUCUAUAUAUGAGCUGUACACAAAUAAUAUGUGACAUUAAGGUGAAGUGAUCUUUAUUCUUUUAAGCUACAUCAGUUAAAUAAAAGCAAAAGCAAAUUUCUAAAGCCAGAUUUUUUGCCACAAAAAUAUCGACCCGAAAACUGCGCAUGGAAUGAAGAAAAACAGGGCCUCGGCAUGACACCGAGAAAAGCUGCACUUAGCUGCGAAAAUUCAAAGCACUUCUAUAAAGACUGUGAAGAAACACCUGGCAAAGGAGCAUGAGCCUUGUGUUUUCAUGUUCCACAGCAAGCACUUGCUGGAAUUUUGCAUCAAAUCACAUUUUGGUUAUUGAUAAAAGCAAAGCAAAUAUAAAGCACCAUAUAUAUUUUUAUUAUUAUUGUAGAUGAAAUGCUUAUUUAAGCAAAUGUACUUUUUCUUCACUGUGCUAAGUGAAGAUUUACAUUGAGGGACAAUUUUUUUUUUUUUUAUAUCAUGAUAUCAUUAUAAUAAUAAUAAUAAAAAAAAAAGAAUAACAAAACAUAAUAAAAAUGGUGUACAACAAUCCCGAAAACGUUCAUACAUUAAGAUAAAAAAAAAACCCCACUGUUAUAAAUAAAUACAUUCGGUGUAAUUUAUAUUUAAAAUAUACACCCUCUCUGAUAACAUUUCAUAGCAAUUAUUACUGGAAAAUGUCAAAUGUUCAAACAAAUCACAUUAAUAUACUGUUCAUCAGUACCCAUACGUACUGAAGAAAGAAAACUGUUACAAGCUGUGAUUUAAGUGCAAAUAAAAAAAAAACAUUGUGUUCUUUUCAUGUAGCACAAUGCAACACUGCUGAGCAAGUAUCAGUUCAAACACGUGACAGGCUGUACAGUAAAACGCUCUGGGAAACUGGGGCUUAGCCAUAUAAGACGGAUUAUUCAUAAUCUAAUCGUUUGAGUCAAAUUUAUUGAAAGAUUUCGGACUAAAAUACUUACAAAAAAAAAAUCAUUAUUGGCAUUUGAUUAUCUGCGCACUCACGAACCCCAAACACAAUUAAACCUUAAAAUGCAGGUAAAACCAAGAAAAUCGUUGCUAUAUACAGUCACCUAACUUGACAUUUAAACUGAGUGAAAAUGGUGCGUCAUUUCAUUUAUUACGAUACAAACCGAGGACCGGCUAAAAUAAACUACGGA